UAUUUGCAUGAGACAGCUACAAUUUUAUGUUUGUACGUCUAGAAACCUUUUUAGCUGACCCAUGACACGAUCAAUGCAAUGACCGCGGAACAAUUAGAAUUUCCAAAUUAGAAAUUCAAAGCUGUUCGUUUUUUUGUCCAGUGAGUUGAGCUACAGAAAUAGCAUAGUGUAUGCAAGAGCAUUUGGGGCAACCAGUGGUUGGAGUCGGAAUACAUUGGUUGCACUUGCAUUCGUAUAUAAAGAGGCGAAUGGCCAAAUUGUGCCUCAGUAGUAAUCCACGGAUGUAGACUCGUGACCACCAUGAACUCAUCGCUUUUGGAUGUUUUCCGGGGAUUUCCGGCAGAUCCCGUGCAUCUGCCCCUGCUUGGCACACCAAUACCGUCGAUUAUGAUUGUUCUGGGUUAUUUGUUGCUGGUUUUUAAAGUGGGUCCCGAUUUUAUGGAGUCCCGAAAACCUUACAAUGUGCGAAACGCCAUGUUGGUCUAUAAUCUCUGUCAGGUUGUGAUGAAUCUUAUUGUGUUUUUAAAGGGGUCUGAAUAUCUUUUUGUGACAAAACCUUAUAACUUUUACUGCAUGACCACACUCCCGCUGGAUCAUCCAGACAAACAAGUCGAUCGUUUGUUUACCUACUUUUUCUUCCUCAUCAAGGUCACUGACCUGAUGGACACGGUGUUCUUUGUGCUGAGGAAGAGCUACAAGCAAAUCACCGUGUUGCACGUUUUCCAUCAUGCAGUGAUGGUUUUGGGUGUGCCCCUUACCUACUAUUUCUACGGUGCCGGAGGACAAUACAACCUGAUGGGUUACAUAAACUCAUUUGUGCACAUGGUCAUGUACUCCUACUACUUUGCCUCUGCCUGGCAUCCACAAGUCAAGAGGCAAUUGUGGUGGAAAAAAUACAUUACCAAGCUGCAGCUCCUGCAGUUCGUGAUCCUCUUCGCCCAAGGUAUACUGACAAUUUCGCUGAAUCCCGGCUGCUCCUUUCCCUGGUACCUACAGUUCGUCCAGUUGGCGCUCUCCACAACCAUGAUUGUCAUGUUCGGCAACUUUUACUAUCAAACGUAUGUCAAAGCCAAGAGCAAACAGCAAUGAGUAAUAAAUUUUAGUUCUCUUUGGAAAAAAUGAGUCGGUUUCCAUUGAGUGUUAAUUGAUCAAGCCUAUUGUGCUAGGUCUCUCAUUUAAAAAUGUGGGACAG